GAAGACCGUCACAGCUGCUGCCCGCUGGGUCGCCUCUCGCAGCGAAGAUUCCGCAGACGCCUCGUGACGCUUCGCAGUCGUCGGAGCCUUAAACAUGGAUGAGUCCAGCGUUGCAUUCACGGAAGACACAUCGACCUUCAACUCAGAAGUAACAGAAGGUGAAGGCGAUGAUGACAGUGAUGACAAGCUCUCGCUAUUCAUGAUAGCAUGUUGUUUACUGAUAAUCGGCGUGGUCGUGUCUCUAAUGCUGAUCAUGCUUCAAGAUUUGGCUGGAAUGCAGUCGGAAACAAGGUUGCGUUACACCACCUACACGAGGUGUUUUUUCUCGUGUUUUUAUGAAGAUGAUACCGAAAUAGAUGACGACGAAGGCGACGCAACUGCGGAAGGAACGUACGACAAGGCUGGCGGUCCUGGAAGAAGCAGCGGAGGUGGGGGUGUCACGAGCACUCUGACAAAGCCGAUAACAACUCCUGUGACAUCCGGCCGAGUACAGCGCCCUGCUACCAGAGCGCAGCGGAUUCCACAGAGGACCCCCCGAAUUCUACCAACACCAAACAAAGGGUUGCCACCGCUACUACCAACCACGCCGGAGAGUGCGCAAGGGCUACCCACGCCCAGGGCAACCCCCUCACCGCAAACGCCGCGACUUGCGACACCGAAGGUUACCCAACUGCGUCCUUCAACGCCGAAGGCCACCCCAGCAACACCAACGCCCCGACCCACCCCGCCAAAGUUGACCCGACCGCCACCGCUGCUACAGUCGACGCCAAAGGUUACUCGAGCGCCGCCAACGCCGCGACCCACCCCGCCAAAGGCCACUCAAGCACCGGCAACGCCGCGACCUACCCCGCCAAAGAUUACCCGACCACCACCGCUGCGACCAUCGACGCCAAAGGUUACUCGAGCGCCACAAACGCCGCGACCCACCCCGCCAAAGAUUACCCGUCCGCCACCGCCGCCACCAUCGACGCCAAAGGUUACUCGAGCGCCACCAACGCCGCGACCCACCCCGCCAAAGAUUACCCGUCCGCCACCGCCGCCACCGUCGACGCCAAAGGUUACUCGAGCGCCGCCAACACCGCGACCCACCACGCGAAAGAUUACCCGACCACCACCACUGCCACCGUCGACGCCAAAGGUUACUCGAGCGCCGCCAACGCCGCGACCCACCACGCCAAAGAUUACCCGACCACCACCGCCGCCACCGUCGACGAGACAGGCCACUAAAGCACCGGCAACGCCGCGACCUACCCCGUCAAAGGUUACCCAACCACCCAAGCUGCCACCAUCGACGCCAAAGGUUACUCAAGCGCCGCCAACGCCGCGACUCACAUCGCCGAAGGUUACCCAGCCACCACCAUUGCCACCAUCGAGACCAACCACGCCAAAGCCUACCACACGCACACCAUCUCCUACGACGCCGACCACUACUAAAAUAACAAAGUCGACGACACCGCCUGCACGUGUACCACAAAAGGAACCGGAACCUGAGAACAUCAUCUGCACCGUGGCCAGCGAUGGCCCGAUGGAGAUGCCAGAAGACGGGCUCUGCGACUUCAUGUUCUACGAAUCGCUGGGGAAGCCCUUCGACAAACCGGGCGAGUCGUCCAUGGGAAAGUUCACAACCUUUCAAUCCUUGGCGGCCAAGGGGAAUAAGACGCAGUUCGGCAUCUCCAUACUCACCUUGGACAUAGGCGUUUUCUUGCGUCUCCUGAAUGAGGACUCCGCUAAAGCGUGGGCACAGGAGAACUUGUGGAACCACAACAUUCACCACUGGGGAGUUCUGAAUAUUCACCACCCAUUAUUUGAUCUAGCAGAAUAUUUCGUGAAUGCCACAUUAGUUUUGAAGAGUGCACACCAAAUAUCACUCCUGUCUCCACCGAAGAAGGUAGUGUCGUACACAUUCCUUGGCCUUUACAGUAGGGACACCAGCGCCUGCGAUGAAGCUGCACGAAUAAUGAAGAUCGUUCACUUGCCCACCGUCCUGGUGAUCCUGGGACACAUAUCGUUCAAAGAACAAGAGAUUGCGGCUCUAAUACCCAAAUUCCAAUGCUAUAUAACGCCGCCUACCAUCUUUAAAAUUCCACCACGGAUCCAGAACUCGUAUCACUACCGGCUCACUUAUGAUGAGGCGGUGCUUUUCGUGGCGUGCAUGUGGGAAAAACAGAUCUUCCGUCGGCCAGUCUUUGCAAUUUCGACCACCAUGAAAGGCCGCUGGUACACGCCCAAAAUCGAUAAUUCCCAGAACCCAAAGAUAGGCCGCUACGCUGUGUUUGAGGAAUGCGAGCGCUUCGAAGGAUACGGGAUUCCCCAACAGAUUUGCAACGACUCUAGUACGAAAUAUUAUGACAACAUAUACGUAAACAAUAGUUAUUUAUUUGUGCAUACUUUCGAUAAUUCACCAGGGAGAAAGAAAACCUUCGUUUUUGAUGAUGCAGCUACUCAAGGACAAAAGGUCUGUUACGCAAGGUACAACUACACGAAGUAUGACCACACUCUCGCCCUUUACGACGUGAACUACGAUUACGCUCCCAGCAAUUGCAAGAAGAAAAUUGCCGGUUCAUACGCACGAACCCGCGUCUACAGGAAACUCGCCAAAUUUAUCAACGAUUACAUUAACAGGGAUAAGAAAGAAUGCCUUCGUAUCGCUAACCCUACACAGUCUUAAUCUAUAUACUCGAGAAUACUUGAAGCCAUUAAAGGUUUGAUGCGA